AUGGCAUUUGAAAGAUCGUGCUUCUUCUUGUUUUUCUUCUUCCUUGCUAUUGGCUUGGCCUCCUCUACCCCAAACCAUAUCUCAUAUGAUGCACUAAACCUUCACAUGAAAGGAGGCCGUGGCCUUCUUGAAAAGUUCUAUGUGAAGGACGAUUGCCCCGUUGAUUUCAAAAAGGAAAACUUUUCGCCUAUUACCGGGACAUGCAAAGGACCUUAUUACAACCCACUUGUGUGUUGUAACGCAUUCACGCAGAUAGCUUGCAAGUACGCGGAACUUAUUAAUAAUGUGGACAACGGGUGCUCCACGGGCCUAUUUUACUACAUGAAUAAACAAGGAGGUUACCCAACUAAUCUUUUUGGACGAAUUUGCAAAGGAGAUAAAGAGGGGUUGCCUUGUGUCAAGCCAAAGGGAAGACCAAAUGCGAACAGGGGUAGACAUUAA